AUGGCUGGGGGCGUGCUGUGGGUGUGCGUGGCCGCCUGGGCCCUGCUGCACGCGGGCGGGCUGGCACGCGGGGACUGCUGGCUGAUCGAGGGGGACAAGGGCUUCGUGUGGCUGGCCAUCUGCAGCCAGAACCAGCCCCCCUACGAGGCCAUCCCGCAGCAGAUCAACAGCACCAUCGUGGACCUGCGGCUGAAUGAGAACCGCAUCCGCAGCGUGCAGCACGCCGCACUCAGCCGCUUCGGCAACCUCACGUACCUCAACCUCACCAAGAACGAGAUAGGCUACAUUGAGGAUGGCGCCUUCUCCGGCCAGUUCAACCUGCAGGUGCUGCAGCUGGGCUACAACCGGCUUCGCAACCUGAGCGAGGGCGUGCUGCGCGGGCUGGGCAAGCUGGAGUACCUGUACCUGCAGGCGAACCUCAUCGAGGUGGUCACGCCCAGCGCCUUCUGGGAGUGCCCCAACAUCCUCAACAUCGACCUGUCCAUGAACCGCAUCCAGCGCCUGCACAGCGCCACCUUCGCCGGCCUGGCCAAGCUCUCGGUGUGUGAGCUCUACAGCAACCCCUUCUACUGCUCCUGCGAGCUGCUCGGCUUCCUGCGCUGGCUGGUGGCCUUCACCAAUGCCACGCACACCUAUGACAGGGUGCAACGACUCAGGCAGAGAAAGAAAGGAGGUCCUGGGACAGGCGACGUGGCCCGGAUGAACCUGGAAAAGCUGAUGCCGGGGAAUGAAGGAGAUCCUCGGACCCGUUUGUACGAAGAAAUUGAAAGUGCCCAGGCCUGCCAGAAGGACAAACAGAUCUGUCGGGUGAAGGACAGCCGGGGUGCUUCUGACAGUCGCUUUGUAAAGGCGGGGUCCUCGGCCUGCAGAUCGGGCGUGGCUCUGCCAGAUGACACGCAGCGGGGAAAUGGAGGGCAGAGCGCAGGCGCGGGGCUGGGCCAGGAGGGGUCCGCCCCGCUGCGACCGCACCCGGGUCCCUUCUGCCCGCCCGUACGCACGCGCAGGAGGAGCGGCGGCGCAGCCGCACUGCGCACGCGCAGGAGACUCCGCUUCCUGCGAGCGACGAUCCGGCUAUCCGCGGUGCCCGGGCGGACAGGGGCGCCACGUGGUGCGCACGUGGUCUACUGCCGGCGCGGCGCGCUCCCCUCCCCCACGGCCGCGCCGCAGCGCCCCCUGGCGGCGCCCGAGCGCCGCGCCUGCGCAUUCGGUGCCUUCCGGUUCCGCAGGGUCCGCCCGUGGCUCCUGGGCUUCCUCCGUGGGAAGCGGGCCGUCGCCGUGCGGGGCAGCGGGAGGUCCCGGGCGGUGAUGCUACCUGUGUCGGGUCACAGGCGCCACCUGCAGCUCAGCUUCCAGGAGCCGCACUUCUACUUGCGCUGCCUGGGCAAGAACGGCGUGUUCGUGGACGGGGCCUUCCAGCGGCGCGGCGCGCCCGCCCUGCAGCUGCCCUCGCAGUGCACCUUCCGGUUCCCCAGCACGGCCAUCAAGAUCCAGUUUACGUCGCUGUUCCACAAGGAGGGCGCCCCAGCAUCCCCACUCCGCCCACUGUACCCACAGAUCUCCCCGCUCAAGAUCCACAUCCCGGAGCCUGACCUCCGAAGCAUGGUCAGCCCCGUGCCCUCCCCGACUGGCACCAUCAGUGUUCCCAACUCCUGUCCGGCCAGCCCCCGAGGUGCAGGCUCCUCCAGCUACCGCUUUGUCCAGAACGUGACCUCAGACCUGCAGCUGGCCGCGGAGUUCGCUGCCAAGGCCGCAUCAGAGCAGCAGGCAGAUGCGUCCGGAGGGGACAGCCCAAAGGACGAGUCGAAGCCCCCCUACUCGUACGCACAGCUGAUCGUGCAGGCCAUCUCCUCGGCCCAGGACAGACAGCUGACACUAAGCGGGAUCUACGCCCACAUCACCAAGCAUUACCCCUACUACCGGACGGCCGACAAGGGCUGGCAGAAUUCCAUCCGACACAACCUUUCCCUGAACCGCUACUUCAUCAAAGUGCCUCGCUCCCAGGAGGAGCCGGGGAAGGGCUCCUUCUGGAGGAUAGACCCCGCCUCCGAGGCCAAGCUGGUGGAGCAGGCCUUCCGGAAACGUCGGCAGAGGGGUGUCUCCUGCUUCCGGACCCCCUUUGGGCCCCUUUCCUCCAGGAGCGCCCCCGCCUCGCCCACCCACCCAGGGCUGCUGUCCCCACGCCCCAGCGGCCUGCAGACUCCAGAGUGCCUGUCCCGGGAGGGCUCCCCGGUGCCCCACGACAGCGACUUCGGCUCAAAGCUGGCUGCUGUCCCAGAGUACCGGUAUUCCCAAAGUGCUCCUGGCUCGCCAGUCAGCGCCCAGCCGGUCAUCAUGGCAGUGCCACCCCGGCCCUCCAACCUGGUGGCCAAGCCAGUGACCUACAUGCCCGCCUCCAUCGUAGCCUCCCAGCAGCCCUCGGGCCACGCCAUCCACGUGGUGCAGCAGGCACCCACCGUCACCAUGGUCAGGGUGGUCACCAGCUCCGCCAGCUCCGCCAAUGGCUACAUCCUGGCGAGCCAAGGUGUGGCGGGGGGCCCCCACGACACCCCCGGAGCGGCUGUGCUGGACCUGGGGAGCGAAGCCAGAGGCCUGGAGGAAAAGCCUACCAUUGCGUUCGCCACCAUCCCAGCCGCCAGCCGCGUCAUCCAGACGGUGGCUAGCCAGAUGGCUCCAGGUGUCCCCGGACACACGGUCACCAUCCUGCAGCCGGCCACCCCGGUGACACUGGGCCAGCACCACCUGCCCGUGCGGGCCAUCACCCAGAAUGGGAAGCACUCGGCCCCUGCCAGCGGCCUGGCGGGCAGCACUUACGCUCUGACAAGCCCCCUGCAGCUCCUGGCUGCCCAGGCCAGCUCGUCCACUCCCGUGGUGGUGACCCGCGUGUGUGAGGUGGGGCCCGAGGAGCCGGCGGCCGUGGUCCCCGCAGCCAACGCCCCCCCCACCUCCGCCCCUGCCGCCGCGGCCUCCCCCAGCGGGGAGCCCGAGGUCAAACGGCCGCGGGUGGAGGAGCCCGGCGGGACCACGGCAGCGCAGGCCAGCACGAUGGCGGCUGCUGGUCCCCAGGGCCCUGGCUCCGGCGAGUGACACCCGGCGGUGCGGAUCCGCGGCAGGACCUACCCCUCUUUUCGCGGCCCCCCACCCGCACCCCGGAGCACCUUUCCUCCUGGUCCCUUCACACCUCCGCCUCCCAGUCUCGCUCUCGGCGCCGACGAACCCCAGCAGACCCCUCUGCCCACGUCAUGGCCACUCAGCGCUGGACGGACGGACGCCAAGGCCAGCCACUGUCCCUGCAGCUGGCAAGGCCACACGCACAGGACUUGAGCCGAGUUUGGAGUGCAGGAGCUGUGGAUCCUGACCACAACUCUCCCCGUGUCACCGUGGUUCCCGCGAACAUGGCCACCCCUUGGGGACCGCCACCGCCUUGAAUCCACGUGGAGGAAAACUGCUGCCCGCUCCCCGCCCCCACCCAGCUGCACCCACUUUUGUGAUGGCCCUGGGGGCAGGGGCCCUAGUCCAGCCGAGGGAGCUCCCCGCAGAGGGCGACCACCAUCCAGACUGCUGCCCCAGCCCCAGGCCAGUCACCUUUCUGUGGCGUCCACAUAUCUCAGAGGGGACAGGACAGCUGGCGGUGUGGGGCUGGACAGCCUGGGCUCUGGGUGAGCACUCGCCUCAGCCACGCCCCUUGCUGUGUCAGGACUGAGGGUCUAAUGUGGGUCCAGAGGUGGGGGCAGCCUGGGGAUCCCUGCAGCUGUUCCCAUCUGCCUCCGGCACCCUCUCCCUGCCACGGCGCCCCACCGAGUCUGAGCUGGAUUCCCAGCUGUCCACAGGUGACGCAGGCCUAACCCUGCCCGUGCUGGGCAGCUCAGGGUGGGGCUUGGCAGCUGUGGGUUCCCUGGCUCCUGCUGAAUUUGAGGCGGGUGGGGGCCAUGGAAUUCAGUCUGGAGGUGCACCCAGCUUCUCGCCCCAGCCCACAGCACCUGAGCCUCAGCCGCCCGCGGAUCACCCUACUGAGGGAGGGUAGAUGAGGGCCCCAGAGGGCUUGGAGCCUCAGGACCUGGAGGGCUUAGGGAGUGACGAGGUGUGUAACACGCAUUGUUCCGGAACAAGCUCCUCGGACUGCAGUGGGAGGGGCCCCGAGCAGCCUGGCUAGUGGGGCACAGGAAGGGCCCAGGCGGCAAGGACUGUCUGUGUGAGCGGUAACCAGGAGGACCUGGGCACUAAGGGUGGCCUGGUCAGAGGACAAAGUUGUUGGGAGUCCAGCCUGGGCUCUGCACGUACCAGUGGUCAUAGCUGUCCCGGGACUCUGCCUGCCUUGUCCCUUGAGUCCCCUGUGGUGGUUCCAUUCCCAAGGCUAGGUCUGAGCACCCAAGACAGCGUGUCUGGCCCCCACAUCCUUCUCGCUGCAGGACACGCAGGAUGCUACCAGCAUGACCAGAUGCUGCUGCCGCCACAGUGGGCGAGGCAGGGGUGGCCACCAGCUCAGAGGCCUCAGGGAUGGUCAGGCCUCCUGACCCUGCGGGGGGAAGGGCCUUGGGGAGACAGCUGUCCCCGCAGGUCACAGCCCCUGGUUGAACUCUUGCUCAUGUCUGCUGUUGGGGGAGUCUGGUCUCGUGGCUUCACCCCGCCCCCCAGGGGUGCAGAGCACCCAGCUGCUGAGUGGGCCCCAGGCCGAGGUUGAUGCGGGGAGUGACCAGGGUGCACUCAAGUCCAGCAGAAGGUCUGUGUCCCCCAGUGUCCACAGCUUGUGGUGGGAGGCCAGGAUGGGCCAGCUCCUGGGACAUUGUCAGGAGAGUCAGUUGCUCUUGGGCACUGCUCACUGGGGUGGAGGUUGGGGUGGCAGCCCAGUCUUCUCUGUGCCCACGUGUCGGGGAACUUUUCAUUGGGCUCUCAUCCAUCGCCCCCCCUGUCCCCCAUCACGUCCUGGCCACUGCCCUGCUCUGGGACCCAUGGGUCUGGUCACCUGACACCCAGACCGCUUCUGGCUCAGGGGGUUUCCCUGCUGCCUGCCCUGUGCCCCUCUCUCUGCAGCUCUAAGCGGCUUAGAGUGAGGUCACAGCUCCCUGGGUGGUCAGCUGCCUACAGGGACAUCACUGUUGUGCCAGCAGCCGCACCUGCGGGCUAGUGGUCCUGAGGGGUCUCUGCGCAGUGUGGCGAAAUCGGGUCCUGUGCUUUGGCCCCCUCGGCCAACUUUCUUCAGGCCAGUCUUCUGAACGUCCAUCUCUGCUUCCGGAGAAGAGAGGGGACCCAGUUUGGCAGGCCCCCCCACCCAGCUCGAGGAAUGGGGGCCCAGAGCCAGAGCCCCUUCUGACCAGAGCAUUCUGUAAUGGGGUGUUGUAUGCUGCGUGUGUUAAGAUUAGGGGUGCUGUGAGGCUGCAUGGAUGAAAUUGGGGUACCAUGAAGGUACACGAUGAACCUGGGGUGUGUGGGGGGAGGUGAGGGGGUGGUCUGACCGCAUCUGCCAGCUGUUUCUCCCACUGUCUCCCAGCCAGGC